AUGGGUGAUUUCAACGAAGAAUAUGAUGUGGUUAUCGUUGGCACUGGCUUGACUGAGUGUAUCCUUUCAGGGGUCUUCGGGGCCGAGGGCAAGAAAGUUCUUAAUAUCGAUAAGAACUCUUACUAUGGGGGCGAGAGUGCAAGCUUAAACAUGCUCGAGAUGUGGAAAAAGUUCAGAUGGACCGAAGAUCAGCGACGAAAGGAAAUCGAGAAAGCCAAAGCAGAGGAGGAACGAAAGUCGGUAGACGCAACACCGGGCAUGGCAGGAUCGGAGCCACCUGCAGUUUUUGGUACCAAGCCUAGCGAGUGGAAUCAAUGGCACAUUUCAUUGGUGCCCAAGUUCCUCAUGGCAGAUGGCGAAUUGACCAACGUUCUUCACAAAACUGGUGUCACCCGCUACAUUGACCUCUUACAAGUUGGUGGGAGUUAUGUUGUCAAAAAGGGUACUCCCUACAAGGUUCCUUCUACCAGGAUGGAGGCAGUUACUAGCUCUUUGGUUUCUUUGUUCCAAAAGAAUCACCUCCAGGCCUUUUUACAAUUCAUCGCCAACUACAAGGAAGAUGAUUCCACUACUCACAAGCAGGGUCUUGACCUGGAUAAGACCACCAUGCGGGAGGCUUACAAACUGUUCAGCCUUGACGCCUGGACUUCGGAGUUCAUUGGCCACGCAAUGGCUCUAUACGUCGAUGACUCCUAUCUUGACCGACCUGCUCGUGAACCUAUUGAGCGCAUCAUCCUCUAUGUCAGGUCCAUGGCUCGAUUUGGUAAAUCGCCCUACAUCUUCCCUCUCCACGGACUCGGCGAGCUCCCCGAAAGGUUUUCGUUCCUGUCCGCGGUUUACGGCGGAACUUAUGCUUUGAACACCCCGUUGCAAGAAAUUUUGUAUGAUGAGAAUGGCCAGGUUUCUGGCGUUAAAUUCCCUCACCCUAACACCAAGGAGGAAGUUACCGUCAAAACCAAAAAGGUUGUUGCGGACCCAAGCUAUUUCCUUGAUGAUGAGAAGAAGAUCCGUCAUGUUGGUCAGCUCAUCCGCGCUAUCUGCGUGCUUACGCAUCCUAUUGAGGGCACCGAAAUGGCGGACUCGGCCCAAAUAAUCAUUCCAGCUAGUCAAAUCGGUCGUCGCCACGACAUCUACAUCUCUCUCGUAUCAUCCACUUUCAAUGUCUGUCCCAAGGGAUUUUACCUUGCCAGCGUUUCAACAGUGAUUGAGAACCCAUCUGCUGGAAAUCCACACGCUGAGCUGGAGCCUGGCUUUGAGCGUCUUGGCCUGGGAUCUGGCCGUCUCGGAGACAGAGAAGAAAAAUUUAUUCAAGUCGUUGAUCUAUAUGAGCCAGUUGAAGAUGGCACUAAAGACAAUGUUUUUAUUUCCCGUAGUUACGAUGCGUCCACCCAUUUUGAAACAUGCACAGAUGAUGUCAAGGAUAUCUACAAGCGGCUUGUAGGCAAGGAUCUCUUGAUCGAGGAGCGAAAGGAAGAACCUGUUGAGGAGUAG